AUGCUCUCCUCAAUUAUAACAAGCUUGCUUCUCCUUGUUCCUUCGGUCUUAUCCGCUCCGUCAUAUCAAAAUUCCACGCAGACCUCCGAAGAUGACUAUUUCGACUAUAUUGUUGUCGGCUCGGGUCCAGGAGGAGGGCCUUUGGCAGUCAAUUUGGCCCAAGCAGGGUGGUCCGUACUCCUUCUUGAGGCGGGUAGAAACUAUACUGGGAAGGAUAAUCAACAGAUUCCUGCUUUCAUCGGGGAAGCCCAGUUCGAUCCCGCUCAAUCUUGGGAGUUUUACGUGAAAGACUAUAGCAACGAAACCCAAGCCGCUCGAAACGAUAAGCUGGUUUGGAAGAAGCCAGAUGGCAGCUACUGGGUCGGACGAAAUCCUCCGGAAGGGUCAACUCCCCUUGGAGUCUGGUAUCCUCGGGCUGGUACGCUAGGAGGUUGCGACACACAUAAUGGCGGGCUUACUGUUAGGCCGUCAGACUGGGACUGGGAUAAUAUUGCGAAUCUGACUGGUGAUUCGAGUUGGACCCAUGAUCACAUGCUUGGCUAUUUCGAAAGGCUUGAACGCAAUCUCUUCUUGCCACCUUCGACACCUGGCCAUGGAUUUUCCGGGUAUCAGCCUGUUGGUCUUGGAGACAAGUCACUUUUUGAGAAAGAGCCACAGGUACUCGCGAUAGCCCAAGGCUCUGCUGCCGCCUUGGGAUUCGCAGCGAGGGCCAUCUCGCAAGACUUCGAUGUCAUUGCCCAGCAAGAUAUCAACGCGGUAUCCGCAGACCGCGAUCUUCAGAAUGAUUUAUAUCAGAUCAGCUUCAAGAAAGACGAGCGGGGCCGUCGAUUUUCAUCGGGCUCUAGGGUCAACGAAGGUGUUGCAAAAGGCCUACCGCUGACUGUCCGGUUUGAUAGUCUCGUUACUAAGGUGGUGCUAGACGAUGCUCUAAGGGCAACAGGAGUGGAAUAUCUAGAAGGGGAAAGCAUCUAUAUGGCUGAUCCUCGUGCGACGAGAAAUAAUACGGGAAUACGUCGAACUGCGGCGGCCAAGCGCGAAGUCAUUGUUUCGGCAGGCGCUUUUAAUACCCCCCAAAUCCUCUUACUUAGUGGCAUUGGCCCGGCUGCCGAACUGAAGAAGCACAACAUCCCCGUGCUCGUGGACCUACCUGGGGUUGGCAGGAAUCUCCAGGACCAUUACGAAGUUCCCGUUAUCCAGGAGUUCCCGAACAAUUUUACUUUCUGGGACGACUGCAAUGUCCCCGAGGGCCAAGUGAACCCAUGCUAUGAAAGGUGGGAAAAGAAUGGAACUGGCCCUUGGUCGACCCUUGGUUUCUUCAACUUCGUCUUGAAAACAAGCUCGGUGACUCCUCGCGUUGGCGAGCGGGAUCUAAUCUUGUAUGGCUCAGCCGACGCCGUAAUAGGCCAUUUGCCACCGUACACUGAUUUUACCUCCGGUCUCGAGGGGGCUACAAACGUAUACACCUACACUAUAUCAGAAUCACACUCGCGAAACCGUGCCGGUACCGUCACACUCCGCAGUUCCGAUCCGAGGGAGGUUCCAGAGAUAAACUUUGAAUAUUUUGCGGAUGGGGGGGACAAGGAUGUGCAAGGUCUAGUUGAUGGUAUUGAGUUCACGCGUAAGAUCUUCAAGUCGAUUCCGGGUUUCGACGGCUUAACUAGGGAGGUCUAUCCCGGGGAGGACGUAAAAACUCAGGAACAGUUGAGGCAGUACGUUCGCGAUCAGGCAUAUGGGCACCACGCUUCGAGCACAGCUGCUAUUGGCAGCGACGAUGAUCCCCUCUCUGUCUUGGACUCCAGGUUCCGUGUUAGGGGUGUGAAGAGCUUGAGGGUAGUGGAUGCUUCGGCCUUCCCGGAGACUCCAGGAACCUUCCCACUGAUUUCUUUCUUCAUGGCAAGCGAAAAGGCUAGUGAUGCUAUCUUAGAAGACGCAGCUUCUUCGGACGUUUAAGUGCCUGGAUAUAUUCUAAUUUUAC